CGCAGUUGGUAGCCUGUCAUUGCUCUGCACUGUAGUAUUACGGUGUGCUUGCUCUGGUCUGCAAAAUGGCAUUACUUUACAGAACAGCGGCGACGCUCCUCAAACCCUCCAAACUCGCUCCCCUGACAGUAGCAGCAGUGCGGCAAUGUUCGGGUGGCCAGUACCAGCACAUCCUGGUGGAUCGUCGGGGUGCUAACGGCAGCGUGGGCUUCAUCCAGCUGAACCGGCCCAAGGCCCUGAACGCGCUGUGCGACGGCCUCAUGCUGGAGGUGGGGCAUGCACUCGACGACUUCGAGAGCGACACAAAGGUGGGGGCCAUCGUCAUCACCGGCAGCGACAGAGCCUUCGCAGCGGGGGCGGACAUCAAGGAGAUGCAGAAUCGGACGUUCCAGGAGUGUUACGGGGGCAACUUCCUGGCCCACUGGAACAAGGUGUCACUCGUCAAGAAGCCCGUCAUCGCCGCCGUCAACGGCUUUGCCCUGGGUGGUGGCUGUGAGUUCGCCAUGAUGUGUGACAUCAUCUAUGCAGGGGAGAAGGCCCAGUUUGGCCAGCCAGAGAUACUGCUGGGGACAAUACCAGGUGCGGGUGGUACCCAGCGUCUGACUCGUGCGGUGGGGAAAUCCCUCGCCAUGGAGAUGGUGCUCACUGGAGACCGCAUCACUGCCCAGGACGCCAAGCAGGCAGGUCUGGUGAGCAGAGUGUUCCCAGUAGAUCAGCUGGUGGCAGAGGCCAUUAAGACAGCAGAGAAGAUCGCUGGAAACUCCAAACUGGUAUCAGCCAUGGCCAAGGAAGCCGUCAACGCAGCAUUUGAAUUGACGUUGGCAGAGGGGAACCGUCUGGAGAAGAGGCUCUUCCACGCCACCUUCGCUACUGAGGACCGUAAAGAAGGCAUGACUGCCUUUGUGGAGAAGAGGAAAGCUGACUUCCAGGACAAGUGAGCCUCGUGAAGCCACACUGCUGGACUGUCAUGAAGAGGAAGUGGUGUGUUGGUUGGUUGUUGAGACUGUGGGAGAGGUGAUGGGCCAGUGCAGAGUGUGUGUGUGUGUUUAGGUUGGUUAUUGUCGUCCUGGCGCUGUGGGUACAGGGACACUGGGUGCCUUACUGGGGCUGCUGUUGUGCACGCGGCUCGGCCAGACCCUAAAUGCUCUCUCGCUUAACACGUCACUAGUGGGGAAUCACACUCGUUCAUACAGUACACACUACUCUCCCUCUGUCUGUCUCUCCGCGCGCACGCACGCACACACACACACACACACACACACACAGCAUUAAUUGCUCUCUUUUUCACACACGCGCUCACACACACACACACACACGCGCACACGGGUGACACACACACACGGGUGACAUACACACACACACACACACACACACACACACACACACACACACACACUCAUGAUUAACAAACUUCCCUUUGCCGUUUGUGCCCACUCCAUUAUGUUUUUGAUACAUGCUCCUUUGGAGUUUCUUGUUUCUUCUCUGAAAAAAAAUAAAAUGUAGAUUGUGGUA